AUGGAGAAAGCUAUCCUAAACCUGCAGCUCUUUCCACCUUCAAUGGCGAUAUCUCCCGCGCUUUUGCACUCCGCCGCGUCCACAUUCGACGGAAGAUUCAGCGUCCGGCUGCCGUCCGUCAUCUUCUCUGGAGGUCGGACCCGCCGCCUUUCAGUCAAAGCGACGUCGUCGAUCGUCCUGGUGGACAAAACCGAGGCCGAGAAAGUCAGCCGACUCAAGACUACUUACCUGGAUAAAAUUGUCCCAUUGCUCAAGGAAGAGUUCAACUACACCAACAUUCACCAGGUCCCGAAAGUAGAAAAGAUUGUAGUGAACUGUGGAAUUGGAGAUGCUGCCCAGAAUGCAAAGGGUUUGGAAGCAGCUAUCAACGACUUGGCACUCAUUACUGGGCAGAGACCGGUUAAGACUAGAGCAAAGAUGGCCAUUGCCACUUUUAAAAUUAGAGAAGGCCAGCCACUCGGAAUCGCUUGCACUCUAAGAGGAAAAGUGAUGUACUCAUUUCUCGACCGGCUCAUUAACUUGGGGCUUCCACGGACGAGGGACUUUCAAGGGGUGAGCCCUAGCAGCUUUGAUGGAAACGGUAAUUAUAGCUUAGGCAUUCGCGAACAGAGUGUUUUUCCCGAACUAGGUUACGACUUGUAUGGUAAACCGAGGGGAAUGGACGUUUGUAUAACAACCACAGCUAAUACGGAUAAAGAGGCUUAUAAGUUGCUGGCUCUCAUGGGGAUGCCGUUCAGAGAAGGCAGUGUUGGUGGGACCACGCCCGUUGUGAAGAAGAAGAAGUUCAAGUCACAUCACUUUGUUUCGAAAUCCAAAUCGAAGCAGAAUACAAGCAAGAAGAGAUAG